AAAAGUGAGGGACGACGCCCAAUGAUAUAUAAUAAUUGAAUAUGAAAAUGUCAUUAAAUGCCUUCACCUUCUCCACUGAUCUGUCGUCCUGUGCGUCUUGUGUGUGUAUAUAAAUGGUGACAACGCCCCACUAUUUGUCUUCCACCAUUAUUAAUUAUUCAUGCAAGCACACAGAGCUGUGAUUGAAUGAAUGAAUGAUUCAAGAGACUGAGAGAGACGUGUCCUGAAGAGGAGGAGGAGGAGAGCAUGCAUGCACGCUGAUUAGUUGGUUUAUAAGUACGUAUUGCUGGAUUAAUGAAUUAAUCGAUCCAAGCACAGAUCAGCCAUGGACGAGCUUCAGUUGCUGCAACACCAGAUCAGUCUGCAGCAGCGAGGAGGAGGAGGAGGAGGAGGAGGAGGAGUGGGAGCGAACAACCCCACCGUGUUCAGCGAUCUCACCAGCUUCAACCCAUCGAAGAGGCCGGCGGCUGUGGCCCUGCAACAUUCCUCUGUUACCUCUACGAGCGGCACGGUACUCGCUAUGCCGCCAGCGGCCCUGCAAGAUUUGGAGAUCGACGCCAUCGUCAGUCUCCAUACGGAGCGGCUGCGGAAUGAGGUGCGGGAGGUGACGAAGAGGCAUUGCCGGGGGCUUUUAUCUACGGCGGAACGGGAGGCGGCGCGGAGGUUGAGGGAGAAGGCGGUGGAGCUGGAGGUGGCGCGGCUGAGGAACGCGGCGUUGGAGGAGAAGGUACGGAAGCUGACCGCGGAGAACCAGAUGCGGUUGGCCGCCGCCAAGCAUUACGAGGCCGCCGUCGGCGUGCUCAGGGGGAGCUUGCAGCGGGCUCUGCUGCUCCAGCAGAGCAGAAGCAGAAGCAGGGCAGGGUGCUGCGAGGGGUACGGCGACAGCGAGGCUAUCUCCGCCGCCGAGUCGUCGUGCUGCUUCGAGGCGGAAGAGAAGGGGCGCGGGCAGCAGCAGCAGCGGCGGCGGCGGCGGAGCGGGUGGUGGUGCAAGGCGUGCGGCCGGAAGGAGGCGAGGACGCUUCUGCUGCCCUGCAAGCACCUGUGCCUCUGCGAGGAGUGUGAGCCGGCCGUCGGCGAGUGCCCGGUCUGUGGCGCCGCCAAGACUGCCGGAUUCCAGGUCUUCACGUGCUAAAAUGAGCUGAUCACUUCACGGCGUCGUAAAUUUCCCACUCGGUCGACGUGCAUGAUCAUCGAUCGAUCGAUCGAUCCGACAAUCCUCCAAUUUGUUAAUUCAAUACGCUUCAGAUCAAUGAAUUAAUACCAAAUUUCACUUC